UUUAUUUGAUCAAAAAGGAAUUUCAAAGGUUCUUCAUUCAAGAAAUUUUGAGGCAGCCCUGAAUAAUUCAUGAGCGAUAGUGAUACAAGCCUUGUUGUUCGUGGUGAAACAUGUCGAAGACUAAACGCAUGUUUUCAAGAGGUUGAACCUGUUACAGUAAACCGGUCGUGCUGGGGCUGAGUCAAAUGAAACAACAUGUCACUUCCACCACUUUAUAUAAAUUGGGAUAAAAAUCGCAAUACAAUUAUACAACCAGAACAGAAGAAAAUUAAACUCGGUAGGCCUAUCAAUGAUAUUUCAAUACACAUAAUAGUUCAAGUUCUUGUUUCAUUAUAUUUAUGAAAUGAAUCAUCAAAUUUAGACUUUGAUAAAUAUCACGGAAACAAAUCAACACAUUUAAUUUUGUAAGAUCGUAUACUGUACAGAGUAAUUUCACUUGAACUAUUAUAAUGUAAGCAAAAACAACAGAAACAAUUAAUAUAAAGCCUUAGACCAAUUCUCACUAUGUAACUUUCCUUGCCAGUGCAUUGUUACAACAUUUCAUCAACGCAUAAAAUUAUAUACAGAAAGUGAUUUUAAUUAAUACUAGCGAGAAAUGGUAUUUUGUGUGAAGGCUCAUGACCAUGGGUCAGUGGUGAUUCAUUCAGAACUUUUUGGGAAAACUUGCACAAUGAUAUCAUCCAAUUGCUAUUCACUAUCUUUGUGUACGUAGUUUGCAAUGUAUUUAAGAUAGACUUUUUACCAUUUAGUAGUGUCCUUCAACCUGUUAAAAUACCGGUAGAUGGUACAUGUGUAUGUACUGUGAGGGUGUUUCAAUGAAGAAACUUCCGCAAAUGUUUCAUUGUAGUGGAUCGAUGAAUAUUUUUUUUGACACCAAUGUAUUACUGUUUAUCAAUUUUAGUUUUAAAAUGUGAAACAGAAGAGUCCUACUUAAUGGUGCGGUCACACAAUGUGAUUUUUUCAUCCCAUUUUUCAUCUGAUUUUCUGAUCUGAUUCGCUUUUUACUAAAAUCAUAUGUGUGACCAUCUCAGUCAAAAUUUGAGAGCAAAGUUUGAAACUCGAUUAAAAAUCUGAAAGCAUGCGAUUUUCAAUCAAAUAUCUGAAAUUGUGGUGUCACAAUGACUUUUUCCCAAACAAAAAUCAUUUUAAAUUGAUGGUAUUGAAUGAAAAUCUACUGUUAAAUCAUAACUUAGAUUGUGACCAUCUCAACAAUAAACUUAAUCAAAUUACCUUACUGAGUAAGUUGAUAGAAAAUCAGAUGAAAAAUCGGAUUAUGUAAAUGCACCUUAAUUAAGAAAGUGUAGAACUAGAUACUCCUGAUUUCUCAUCUGAGGUAGAGACUCUGACCUUAUGAAAGUCGUGCAUUCUGAAUUCUUACGUACAUACAUGCGUUUUGUCACAUAAACUCUUUACUUUAUCUUAUUCAAUGACUCAUAUGUACAUAGUGUAAAAAAUGCAUGAUAUUUCAGUCUGUCAGUUACCAGUAUUUUCUACAAGAAUAGAUAUACUAUAUAGUUCUUUAUGCUCACAUAAUUUUAUGGCGAGAAGUAAAAAUAGGGACCGGGUAGUAAUCUGAAGAUCGUUGGUUCAAAUCCUACCAUUGCAAUUUGAGGAUUUUGACAAAAAAAACUGCAAUAAACUGAGGCUCAGUCUGCUGGUACUAGUUGACUUGCAGUUGUUGUAGUUUAAUAUACUCACAGACUCUAAUAGGUCCACAGUGUGGCUUCCAGGCCAUAUAAGCUAUAGGAUUAAGCAUUCGUUGUAGAGUUUGUGUAAAUGACAAUUUUAAAUUUCUCUGUUUCAUACAAAUUGUUAUAUUUUCCAAAUCCUUGAAAAAAUUACCAGGUAUCAUUUGAUAUCACAUACAGCAGGACUGUCCAUUGGAGGAUUAUUACAGGUGUAUAAAUUUAAUCCCUUUUUUCAAGAAAGAUUAUUUGUUUUGAACUUUUAAACCCAAGCACAUAAAACAUGGAGCUGUCAUCUUAUAGGGUAUAAACAAGAAUGAAAAAUUCAGUAUGUACUAUACUUUAUUGAUCAUUACUCUCUGCUUUGCUAUCAUAUAUCAUUUUUUGAUUAUAUUCAAUGAAAGUUUCAUGCCAAAUCAAUGUUUAAGCUAACUUCAGAGGGAUAAAGUUGCAUGACUGACUGACUAGUUGUUGGGUUACUAAGCAGUGCAAAGUCUGGACUUGAAAGAAAUGUGUGACUAAGAAUUCUCUUUUAUAUUUAAUUAUAAUGGUCUGCAAUGAGCUUGAUUGCAUGAGGAAAAAAUAGACUGAUAAAAUUUUUAAUGAAUAAUUGGCAGGAAUAAAUAUUAAUUGUGCAACAUUAAUUAAAUUUCAGGGACAGAAGAAAAAUAUGAAGGAAGUAAACAAUAGCAAUGAAGUUAAUUCCAUAAAUUUAACUGAAUACUUUUUGUGUAGUUAUUUGGUGAAGGAACAGGUCAAUGAACUCCUUUCUGAAGAAGAAAGGCCUCAGAUAUUUGAGGCACUGAAGAGAUACCAGUCGUCUAUGGACUUAAAAAGGCUGAUAGAAGACAUGAAGGUUGUGCUGAAUGAGCCCACAAAAUUGGAAAUAUAUGAAUAUAUGAGACCACUUAUACCACCAAAGCACCAAUCAGAUUAUGACAAGCUAGCACCGGCUCCUCCUGGCAGAAAACUAAGGGCUAUAACUCUCAGAAAGCGUCCAAAUGAAAGUUUUGGAUUUGCAGUUAGAGGAGGCUUUGAGCAUGGAGUAGGGAUAUUUGUGUCUCAUGUCAACCCAGGUUCACAGGCUGAGCAGAAAGGUUUGAAGGUAGGAGAUGAGAUUGUACGAGUGGAUGGUUACACAAUUGCUGAAGCCGUCCACGAAGAAGUCCUAAACCUGAUCAAAGGUCGAGAUGAGAUUGAGCUCAAGGUCACAAACAUUGGGAUGCUGCCUAUUAAAGAGAGAGCCACAGAUCCUUUAACUUGGUCUUAUGUAGAGAAAGCUCAGAAAGGAGUCCAAGGAAAUUCGGAAGGUUCUCAGAGAAGACAAGAAGUGAGGGCAGAGGAGGUGAAGCUGUUUGUGAACCUGAGACAGGCCCCGUCCCUGGGCUGCAGAAUUGUGAGUGGACCCUCAAACUACAAAGGAAUCUUUGUUGAGCAUGUUAAUCCUGGCUCCAUGGGAGCAGACGUUGGAAUUGAGGCCGGGGACCAGAUAGUCAAUGUCAAUGGAACCAGUUUUCUUAAUAUCACCCAUCAAGAGGCGAUCGUGGCACUGAAGAGCAGUAAAGAACUAAACAUCACCAUUAGGAAAGGAGUGGGGCUUCCCUUGUUGUCUUCGGUUGUCGACACAUCUAAAGCGGCCACCCAGGUGACCCAGGCUCACAUAGAGACCCCGCCGUCUCGCAGUGAGAGGUACGAAUCUGAUGAUUCCGGCGACGAGAAUGACGCUGUGUUAGAUAUGGGAUCAUAUGUGUUGGAGCUAGACAAUUGGACAUUGAGGGAUGCUGAGACAGAAAUUGAAACUGGGUUAAUUCUGGCAGAAUUAGCACGGCUGAAGUGGAAACAGAAAAGAAUGAUGGGAAAAUCUCUACAGAAGCAAGAUGCCAUGGAAGAAGACUUUUACACAGAAGACAUUAAUGGUAUUGAAGAAAGAGAAGGCUUUGGCUUGAAAAAGGACUCUGACAGAUACACCUCCUCUAAGUCUGUAGACCAUCUAGCUCUGCCCCAGCAAUCAAAGUCCACUAAUUCCCCCAUCCACAAGAGAAGUAACUCUAGUAGAAGUAGUUCAUUCAAUGAUGAAAGAUAUGAUGAAGCUUUGGGCAAUUCAAAACCCAUGGAUUUUCUAAGUGUUCCAACUCAAUUGUUUCCUAAAGAUUUCCUUGAUCAUCAAAGGAAAAUGUUGAGUAGAAGGAGCUCUGUUAGCGAUGGAGAUUUGUCUGGUGAAGCAGAGAUGGAGAGCCCCAUUAUAGAGAUCCCAGUGCCACCUCUUGAGACAGGCCCUUCACUGCAUACUGAAGGCACAGAUAAGGCCCCUAUGGAAGAUUUGGUGAGGCAGUUGACAGAAGAUGCAGAUAAUAAGGAAGAGAGUAGAAGGGGUACUAUGGCAGAAAAGAUGAAGUUUCAUUCAUUAAGAGAUAUGGAUACUAAAAAGAAAAGAUCUGUUGUUGAUUUUGAGAGUAAAAGCCCUGUAUUGGCGAGGAGAAAUUCAGACACCAGUAGAAAGAAAAAAGGAAAAGAUUCCAAGGUUGUUCAAUUUGUGGAGGGUGAACCAGAAUUGAUCCAGUCAAAGAAAUCCCCCAUUAAACAAAGGAACAGAGAGAAGGGGCUGGUGAAGGAAUUUGAUCCUCGAGCUGAAAAACAGAAACUGAUAGAGGAGAUUCAGCAACUGAGAGAGGAAAAAAUGCAUGAAGAGGAGAGAAGGAAAGAGCUUGAGCACACGUUGGAGUCAAUGAAGAGCUGGGAGACAACUCAGAGACUUCAGAAAGUUCUUGAUGAGAAGAAGAAGAAGCAGGCGAGAGCAGCAGAGAAACUGAGGCAGGAAAUGUUUGAAAGUAACAAGAAAAGGAGACAAGUCCUUGAGAAGGAGCUGUUGUUAAAAGUCACUAGAAACAGAAAGGAAGGGGAAAGAAUGAUUCGUUUCCAAAGACAAAAGCAGGAACAAGAAGAAAUGUUGAGGGAAGGAGCUAUGAGUAACUUUGUGCAGUCCAUGUUGAACAUGUGGAGACCACAUCUCAGUCCCCGAUCCUCGGUCAUGGAACAACAGAGCAUGGAGGGUGUGGAGGAGAGAGGCCAUUCUCCUACCAGGGUUGAGAGGGAUGACUACAGAGGAGACCCCCUGUACUCCAGAAUCCACAAAUCCUCCUCCUCAUCCACUCUACCCUCCGUCAAGAGCCAGGGCAAGACUAAACAGAAAAGGAAAAAGGACAAACUUUUGCAAUCAAGAAAAGCUGCUUCUUUUGAUUUGACCACGACUUACAAUGACUUGGACAUAAAUGAUAGAUCUAUAGACCUCCAUCCUGAUCUCCACACAACAACACCCCACACUGACGAGAACUUUGUAAACAGCUAUGAUUUUAUGUCGGGAGAAUCUCGUUCAAACAAAGUGGUCACUACCACUGUGUGUGUCUAA